UUAGAUUUUAUCAAGAAUUUUAACUAAAAUGAAAUAUAUGCUAAGCCCCGUCUAGCUCUCUAUCUACUUAGCACAUGGCGUUUCAGACGAGUUCUUCCCUGCUCAUUAUCCUCUUCGUCUCGGCUUUGCCUUCACUGUGCUUAUCUUCUUCAUCGAACAAUUUGUUUUCUCUGUCGGUGGAGAAUCCAGAACAUGUCAUCAAAUCAAGAAAUGGAAAUUUCACUGCCGGGUUCUAUGACGCGGGUGAGAAUGCUUUUGCGUUUUCUAUCUGGUUCACCGAACCUCGAGGCCAAAACUUGAGCUUCAUUUGGAUGGCGAAUCGUGAUGUAUUGGUGAAUGGAAAAGGCUCAACGCUCACCCUUCGAAGCAAUGGAAAUCUGGUGUUGAAUGAUGCAGGUCAGGUCGAUGUUUGGUCCACGAACACAACUUCCUUGAAACCUCCACAAUUGAUUUUGAAAGAUGAUGGUAAUCUCAUUCUCCUUGAGGAUUCUAAUCAUGUUGUGUGGCAAAGUUUUGAUUUUCCGACAGAUACACUUGUCCCUGGACAGAGGCUUACUAGACAUGCCAGCCUUGUCUCCUCCAAAAGUCAGACUGACCCAUCUUCUGGUUUUCACAAGUUAUUUUUUGAUAACGAUAAUGUUCUUCGACUUGUGUACGAUGGACCUGAGCUUUCGAGUAUUUACUGGCCACCUCCCUGGUUUCAACCUUGGCAAGUUGGUAGGUCCACCUUCAAUGCAAGUCGAUUUGUAUUCCUCAAUUUGGAUGGUGAGUUCAUUUCAAGUGAUAAUUUUACUAGUGAGACAUCAGACUAUGGCCUUGUGCUUCAGAGACGAUUGACCAUUGAUAGUGAUGGUAAUGUUAGGGUCUAUAGUCGAAGACAUUGGGGAGAGAAAUGGGAUGUUUCAUGGCAAGCUUUUUCUGCAGGUUGUAACGUUCAUGGUGUUUGUGGAGAAAAUAGUUUCUGCAAAUAUGAACCUUAUACCGGUCGAACAUGCUUAUGUCUUCCGGGUUACAAGUUGAAAGACGAAAGCGACUCAUCCGUUGGGUGUCAACCAGAGUUCAAUUUGUCUUGCAAUCCAGAAGAUUCUGGCUUCCUACAUAUACCAAAUGGUGAUUUCUACGGGUAUGACCAAGGGACUUACCUUAAUGUUACAUUUGAUGAAUGUAAGAAGGAAUGUCUGAAGUUAUGUAACUGCAAAGGUUUUCAAUAUUCACAUGAUGGUUACCAAUUUAAAUGUUACCCAAAGACCCUUUUGGUUAACGGCAAUCUUUCUCCUGCUUUCGUUGGAGGUUUUCACGUGAGACUCCCUAAUUCAAGCUCAUUCAGUCUUCAAGAACCCGAUAUCAAAUGUGAAAUUGUUAAGGCUAUAAAGCUUGAGAGAGUCUAUGUCUCAAGGCACGAUAGUGUUUUUGUUAAGGUGUUAUUGUGGGUAGUGUUAGCAAUUGGAGUCUUUGAAUUUGCAUGCAUUUUUCUCUUCUGGUGUCUAACAUGGAAAAAGUCUAGCAAGCAGCAAACUUAUGAUCAUCUUACUGGAACUGGGUUUAGAAAAUAUAGCUACUCUGAGUUGAAGGAAGCAACCAGAGGUUUCAGAGAAGAGAUUGGAAGGGGUGCUGGAGGAAUUGUAUACAAAGGUGUGCUCAAAGAUGGACGAGUUGCCGCAAUCAAGAGACUGAAUGAAGCAAAUCAAAUAGAAAGCGAAUUUCUCGCAGAAGUCAACUUAAUAGGAAGGCUUAACCACAUGAAUUUGAUCGAUAUGUGGGGGUACUGUGCAGAAGGAAAAUAUAGAAUGUUGGUAUAUGAAUACAUGGAAAACGGCUCUUUAGCAGAAAACCUUGAAUCCAACAAGUCACUUGAUUGGCGAAAGAGGUAUGAAAUCGCUCUAGGAACAGCAAGAGGACUUGCGUAUCUUCACGAAGAGUGCUUGGAGUGGGUUCUGCAUUGUGACAUAAAACCCCAAAACAUACUCUUGGAUUCGGAUUAUAAGCCCAAGGUUGCAGAUUUUGGACUGUCAAAGCUACAAAACAGAAACGACCUCAACAAUCCAAGCUUCUCAAGGAUCAGAGGAACAAGGGGUUAUAUGGCACCAGAGUGGGUUUUCAAUCUACCAAUAACAUCCAAGGUUGAUGUCUACAGCUAUGGAAUUGUGGUAUUAGAGAUGAUAACAGGAAAAAGCUUGAGGGUUGAUGGACCAGAUCACUCGCAUCAAGGGAGGCUAGUGACUUGGGUGAGGGAGAAGAGGAACGAAGGAGACGGAAUGGUAUCAUGGGUGGAACGAAUUAUGGAUCCAACAGUUGAGGGAAGCUUUGACAUGAAGACGAUGGAGGUUUUAGUUACAGUAGCAUUACAAUGUGUUGUGGAAGACAGAGAUGCAAGACCUUCAAUGAGCCGCAUAGUGGAGAUGUUUCAAAGUCAUGAGAUUGAGUAUUGAGUAUGAAUAAAAUGUGCAUAAUCUUUUGGGUAUUGAUUUUGAGUAUGAGAAAUGACAUGUAAUAAUCUUUUCUUUUAAUUAUUUAUUUUGAUUUUUAUAUUUU